UUAGAAAAACGUAAAUCCAGUAAACACCAAGAAAUUCAUACAAGUCAAGAACCAUAUCGCUGUGAUAUCUGUGGUAAAUCAUUGUCUGACAAGAAAAGCUUAACCCGACACAAACGAGUUCAUACAGGAGAGAAACCAUAUCGCUGUGAUAUCUGUGGUAAAUCAUUCUCUGAUGGAACUAGCUUAAUUAAACACAAACGUAUUCAUACAGGGGAGAAACCAUAUCACUGUGAUAUCUGUGGUAAAUCAUUCUCUGAUGGAAGUAGCUUAACGAAACACAAACGUAUUCAUACAGGGGAGAAACCAUAUCCCUGUGAUAUCUGUGGUAAAUCAUUCGAUCAAAGCGGUAACUUAACUACUCACAAACGGGUUCAUACAGGAGAGAAGCCAUAUUCCUGUGAUAUCUGUGGUAAAUCAUUCUCAGAAAGCCGUAGCCUAACUCAACACAGACGUAUUCAUACUGGGGAGAAACCAUAUUGCUGUGAUAUCUGUGGUAAAUCAUUCUCUCAGACCAGUAUCUUAACUCGACACAAACGGGUUCAUACAGGAGAGAAGCCUUAUUCCUGUGAUAUCUGUGGUAAAUCAUUCUCUGUUGGCAAUAGCUUAACUCGGCACAAACGUAUUCAUACUCGGGAGAAACCAUAUCACUGUGAUAUCUGUGGUAAAUCAUUCUAUCAAGAAGGUAACUUAACUACUCACAGACGGGGUCAUGGGGGGGACAAACCAUAUCAUUGUGAUAUCUGUGGUAAAUCAUUCUCUGAUGGAUGUAGCUUAACGAAGCACAGACGUAUUCAUACAGGGGAGAAACCAUAUCACUGUGAUAUCUGUGGUAAAUCUUUCUCUGAUGGAAGUAGCUUAAUGAAACACAAACGUAUUCAUACAGGGGAGAAACCAUAUUCCUGUGAUAUCUGUGGUAAAUCAUUCUCUGAUGGAAGGAGCUUAAUUAUACACAAACGUAUUCAUACAGGGGAGAAACCAUAUCACUGUAAUAUCUGUGGUAAAUCAUUCUAUCAAAGCGGUAACUUAACUACUCACAGACGGGGUCAUGGGGGGGACAAACCAUAUCAUUGUGAUAUCUGUGGUAAAUCAUUCUCUGAUGGAUGUAGCUUAACGAAGCACAGACGUAUUCAUACAGGGGAGAAACCAUAUCACUGUGAUAUCUGUGGUAAAUCUUUCUCUGAUGGAAGUAGCUUAAUUAAACACAAACGUAUUCAUACAGGGGAGAAACCAUAUCACUGUGAUAUCUGUGGUAAAUCAUUCUCUGAUGGAAGUAGCUUAACAAAUCACAAACGUAUUCAUACAGGGGAUAAACCAUAUCACUGUGAUAUUUGUGGUAAAUUAUUCGAUCAAAGCGGUAACUUAACUACUCACAAACGGGUUCAUACAGGAGAGAAGCCAUAUUCCUGUGAUAUCUGUGGAAAAUCAUUCUCAGAAAGCCGUAGCCUAACUCAACACAGACGUAUUCAUACUCGGGAGAAACCAUAACCUUGUAAUAUCUGUGGUAAAUCUUUCUCUCAACACAGUAACUUAACCAAACACAAGCAUAUUCAUACAGGGUAGAAACCAUACCCCUGUGAUAUCUGUGGUAAGAUAUUCUCUGGAAACAGUCACUUAACUAUCCACAAAUGGAUUCGCACUCAAGAAAAAUCAAUUCACAGUAGUAUCUGUGGCAAAUCAUUUACACAAAAUCAUUUCUGAUUUAAACAAGUCUUUCCUUAUGAAGUGGGUCCAUAACACAGUGAUAUUUGUUGUAUAACAUUUCCUCAGAAGGAGAAAGGACGUAUCUCAUAAAGACAUCCACAGAAUAUAGAAACUAUAUGAAUGUGACAUCUAUGGUAAAUCUUUGACAUGAAAUCAUCCAUUUUUGAAUCAAAAGAGCAUUGACAGAGGAAGGAAAACAUAUCACUGUGAUGUUAAACCUGAAUCAUUCUAUCAAAAUGGUGAAUUGUUUGUACACAGUCCUAUUAAUAUGAAAGAUAUAACUGUAACCUAAGCUAUUUGUGCUAAAUCAAUCUAUGAAAGUGAUCAAUUAUUGAAAUGUAAAUGCAUUCAUACAGAAGAGGAACCACGAUGAUGAUGAUCCUCAUCAUUUAACAUUCUCCUAUUCAUGCUUCUGUGGAUCAAAUGGAAUUCAUUGAUGGAGAUUUCCUACAUCUGGGUACCUUUCUUAUGACCAGUCUUCACCUGUUUCCAAGCAAGGAGAUAUUUUCCCUGGUGAGACUUAUUUUACACACAGGACUGGAAGUGAACAACUGCACAAGUAUGACGGUGAUGAUGGCCAUUUACGAACAUCACAUAAUAUCUGGACAAGGGUACAUACACACACACUCACAUAAACAAUUGUAUGUCUGAAGAAUUUCUUAUGGGAAAUAUAUGUUACAUGUUUUCUACACAUCUAAAAGUUUGUGAUUCCUAUUAGGAAAUGAAACACAUGUAAUG